AAUCUGCCUAUUGAAUUCCGUCGGCGCUUCGAGUUACAGCCGCAGUGUGCGCUGCCCCUGUCAAGCCAGCAGGUCCGCCAAUCAAGAAUUUCACCAGGACAAAGACAAGCAUGCGAGUCGUGUCCUUGGUAUACACCGCUAUAUUUGCGACCACAACUGUGGCCGCGCAAUGCGCAGAAGGCGAGUGGGAAGUGUCGCUCCGCGGCAGCGGCACCGUUUACUGCGUCGGCAGUCAGCCGUGCUCGGGCCAGUACCACGGCGACGACGCGAUCGGCAAGUUUUCGUGCCCUCAAAAGGGCCAGCCCAACAUGGACAGCACGAUCGUGUUGGACUACAGCACGUGCUGCGGUGUCUUUGGUGGCAACACAUUGGGAUGUGUCGCCAAGACCGCUGGCGCCGUGUGCAAAGGACCCGAGCCGGCGCCAUACUCCCCCAAGCCCAAACCGACCACGUCCCAGGUAACCACCACGGUUCCAGUCACGACGACGGAAGAACCCUCGUUGACCACCCCGGUGGUCCCCACCACGACGACCUCUAGCAGCAACGCGUCGUUGGCUCCAAAUUCUACGACCCCCGCGCCUGAACCGACCCCGUCGGCGACCAGCACAACCACGACCGCCGUCCCAGGGGACACCAACAGCUCCACAACGAAAAUCCCCGACUCUCAAGUCAGCCAAAAGCCCAACGUCACGUCGUCGGAUGGACAGGCGGCGGGCGACGACAGCUCAUCCGGUGGCCUCGCCACAGGCUGGAUCAUCUUUAUCAUCGUGGCAGUGCUGGCCUUGGCGCUGUUGAUCGGCCUCGUGCUGUUCCGCAAGAAGCAGCCGCCUCCAUCAUACAUGGCAUCUCCUGCAGGAGGCAGCGGCGAACUCGCGACUGCCGCCGCCGCCGCCGAGUUGGAGACUGGCGGUGGUCUCACUCCAAAGCAAAACGUGACUUUGUUGUAAUGGCGCCGCCCACGAAGCCGAGCGAGAAUAAACAUCUAUGUCUUUGAUCGUGUAAUGUUCGUUACGAAUGCGUCAUUACAUAUAAGUAGAGAGCCGAGUAGUCUUGAGUCAGAGUAACGGUGGAAGCGUGCCAAGGUU